AGAGAUACGCUGCGAAUGGCGGAGACGCUGAGGCGAGUGCUAAGCGCGGGCAGCGCGGCCGGGCCCGCGGAAGAAAGCGCGGCUGAGGCCGGGCCACCGUUGCUGCUGCUCGGCGGCCCAGGCUCCGGGAAGACAGCACUGCUGUUCGCGGCGGCCUUGGAGGUGGCGGGCGAGGGCCGAGGCCCCGUCCUGUUCCUGUCAAGGAAACCUCUGCAAAGCCUGCCCCUCAGGACCGGCGCGGCGCUCGACCCCCUGCGCCUCCAGAAGAUCCGCUUCCAGUACCCACCCUCAACCCGGGAGCUUUUCCGGCUCCUGUGCUCUGCCCAUGAAGCCCGGGUACCAGCCCCUGCUCUCCUACUGCUUGACUCCUUGGAGGAGUACCUCUCAGAACACCAGGGGCCCCAUGAAACUGCCCACCUGGCUGCCCUACUUCUGGACACUGCUGCCUACUUCAACCACCGGGCUGGGCCAGGCAGGGGCUGUGGACUCAUGGUAGCCCUCCAGGCCCAGGAGGAUGCAGACAGUGGGGACACCUUGCAGCUGGCACUGCUCCAGCGGUAUUUCCCUGCCUGCUGUUGGCUGCAGCCAGGUGCAACAGGUACAGGACAGCGCUGCCUCCGAGCCUGCCUGGAGCCAGGUGGGCUGGGCCCCAGGACAGAGUGGUUGAUAGCUUUCCAACCAGAUGGCGAGAUGACGAUCACCCUGUUGUCCACUGAGGUGGGUGAUCCCAGCUCAGACAAGGCCACAAGCUCUGUAGGCCAGCCCUGA